AUGACCACCGAAUUCCCUCGAUACCCUCUUGCGGUGCUCUUGCCAGUUCUAUCUUUCCUCUCGAUUGCAGUGACAAUCACGCCACUGAUUCUCCAUGCGAAGAAUCGCAAUAUUUCAAUGACGAGCCUGGUCUCCUGGUAUAUCCUGUUGAACAUUUUCAACAUCAUCAACUCCUUGGUUUGGCCGAACGAUGACCUUGAGUCGGCAUGGGAUGGUACCGGUCUGUGUGAUAUCGAGGUCAAGAUGAUGGUAGGAGGUUACUUCGCCGUUCCAGGAGCUCUAGUUGGCAUCUUCCGCGGAUUAGCCAUUGUGUUAGACACCAGCCGCGCUACCAUGGUCCCAAGCAGGAAGCAGCGCUGGCGGAACCGGAUCAUGGACAUCCUUUUCUGCUGUCUGCUUCCCGCGAUAUCGAUGGCUCUUCAUAUCAUAUGGCAGAAGGACCGCUAUCUGCUCUACGCCAUCUCGGGCUGCGUUGUUGAUCUGGAUGAGAGCUGGGUCAGCUUUGCCUUGUGCUUUGUCUGGCCGCCGGUGAUCUGCUUCGUUGCAGCUUUCUACUGCUUUCUCGUUCUUAUCCGCCUUCAUCGAUACCGAAGUGAGUUUGGGAUGAUUCUACGCUCGUCACAAAGCAACCUGAACAAGUCCAGAUUCCUGCGCCUCUUGUUCCUAGGACUCACUCUGCUCAUCUGUAUCCUUCCGGUAGAGCUCUAUACUUUCUACUACAGCCUGGAAUACUCACUGCCUUGGCACCCAUAUUCGUGGAGUCGAAUCCAUGGCCCCUCGUGGUUCACUAUCGUCAAAGUCCCAACUCAAGGUCAAGUGUAUGUUGAUCGGUGGUCUCCGAUCGCCGCGGGAUUUGUGAUCUUUGGUUUUUUCGGCUUUGGCCGCGAUGCCACCAAGAUCUACCGCACGAUGCUUUGGUGUCUUGGUUUUGGGCGCUGUUUCCCUGGCGUGGCUCGCCCUCUCGACACCCAGAACAGCGAUACUCCUGCAGGCGUCUCAAACUCGACCACUCUCAUUGGCACUAUUCGUGAGCGAUCUAAGCUAUUGUUCUGGAAGGCAAACCCUGUUGUUCGUAAUGGAUCGGAUGUAAGCAACUCCCAGCAGUCGCAGGCAAGCACACUGGACAGCACACUCGGCAGCAUCGACAAAUCUCAAUACUCACCCCCUCGUGCCCGCAACGAGAGCCCACCCCGCUCGUGGUUCCGUCGCUGGCUACCGUUCAAUCGCCGCAUGGUCUUCAAUCGCCACAACGACGAAACCCUCCUGAAUGAUCUGCCCGCAGCGGGAAAUACGGUCUACACUAAUGCUUGGGCGAGCGUCAGUCAAAGUCGUGCUAGCGAUGAUAUCACGCCCAGCCCAUCUCCGCAAAAGAAGGACUUCAUUCAUGUCAAGCAAGUAAUCAGCCAGCAGAGCGAACUCCAUGUUUAG